GGACCCGGAAGUAAAAGUUGCCGAGCCGAGUUCCCCGCCCCCCCCCUCCCCCCCGAGCGAAAGCUGAAGCGGGAGCUGAGGCGGAAGCCGCGGCGGGAGUCAGCGCUGACAGCAGUGUUGAGCCAAAAAGAAGAGCAGAGCAAUUUCUGAACUUCAUUGCCAUCUCUCUGAAACUGGAGUGGGAAGGGCCAAAGCCCUUGGCAGCUUUAAGACAAGAUGAGGACCGUGCUCAUGGUUGCAGAAAAGCCAUCCUUGGCCCAGUCUAUUGCUAAAAUCCUCUCUCGAGGAAACAUGUCCUCACGCAAAGGGCUGAACGGAACAUGCUCAGUGCACGAAUACACAGGGACUUUCGCUGGCCAGCCUGUCCGCUUCAAGAUGACAUCUGUCUGUGGUCAUGUGAUGACCUUGGAUUUCCUGGGAAAGUACAACAAGUGGGACAAGGUGGACCCUGCAGAGCUGUUCAGCCAAGCCCCAACAGAGAAGAAGGAAGCUAACCCCAAGCUGAACAUGGUGAAGUUCCUGCAGGUGGAAGGCAAAGGCUGCGACUACAUCGUGCUGUGGCUGGACUGUGACAAGGAAGGGGAGAACAUCUGCUUUGAGGUACUGGAUGCCGUGCUGCCCAUCAUGAAUCCAACCCACGGUGGCGAAAAGACGGUGUUCCGGGCCAGAUUCAGCUCCAUCACGGACACGGACAUCUGCGCCGCCAUGGCCCGCCUGGGCGAGCCCGACCAUAACGAGGCGCUGUCGGUGGAUGCCCGGCAGGAGCUGGACCUGCGCAUCGGCUGCGCGUUCACCAGGUUUCAGACUAAAUACUUCCAGGGAAAAUAUGGCAAUCUAGACAGCUCCCUUAUCUCCUUUGGACCAUGUCAAACCCCUACCCUGGGCUUCUGUGUGGAGAGACACGAUAAAAUCCAGUCCUUCAAACCAGAGACCUACUGGGUGCUACAGGCCAAGGUUAAUGCCGAUAAAGACAGAUCUCUUCUUUUGGACUGGGACCGAGUGCGAGUGUUUGACCGGGAAAUCGCACAGAUGUUUUUAAACAUGACAAAGCUGGAGAAGGAAGCCCAGGUGGAGGCCACAAGCCGGAAAGAGAAGGCCAAGCAGAGGCCCCUUGCCCUGAACACUGUGGAGAUGCUGCGAGUAGCUAGCUCUUCUCUGGGCAUGGGGCCACAACAUGCCAUGCAGACCGCCGAGCGGCUCUACACACAAGGCUACAUCAGCUACCCGCGGACUGAGACCACCCACUACCCUGAGAACUUUGACCUGAAGGGCCCUCUGCGGCAGCAGGCCAACCACCCCUACUGGGCCGACACGGUGAAGCGGUUGUUAACAGAAGGUAUCAACCGCCCACGGAAAGGCCAUGAUGCUGGUGACCAUCCCCCCAUUACCCCCAUGAGGUCUGCCACAGAGGCUGAAUUAGGCAGUGAGGCGUGGCGGCUCUAUGAGUACAUCACCAGACAUUUCAUCGCCACAGUUAGCUACGACUGCAAGUACCUCCAGAGCACCAUUUCCUUCCGUAUUGGGCCUGAGCACUUCACCUGCACAGGGAAGACCGUCAUCUCUCCAGGCUUCACGGAGAUCAUGCCCUGGCAGAGUGUGCCUCUGGAGGAGAGCCUGCCCACCUGCCAGAGGGGCGACACUUUUGCUGUGAGUGAAAUAAAGAUGCUGGAGAAGCAGACGAACCCACCCGACUACCUGACAGAGGCCGAGCUCAUCACACUCAUGGAGAAGCACGGCAUUGGGACAGACGCCAGCAUCCCUGUGCACAUCAACAACAUCUGCCAACGCAACUACGUCACUGUGGAGAGCGGGCGCCGACUCAAACCCACCAACCUUGGCAUCGUCCUGGUGCAUGGCUACUACAAGAUUGAUGCAGAGCUGGUGCUCCCCACCAUCCGCAGUGCAGUAGAGAAGCAGCUGAACCUGAUCGCCCAGGGCAAAGCUGACUACCGCCAAGUCCUGGGCCACACCCUGGAUGUCUUCAAGAGGAAGUUCCACUACUUCGUGGACUCCAUCGCCGGCAUGGACGAACUGAUGGAGGUGUCUUUUUCACCCCUGGCGGCCACGGGCAAGCCCCUCUCCCGCUGUGGGAAGUGCCACCGGUUCAUGAAGUACAUUCAGGCCAAGCCCAGCCGCCUGCACUGCUCCCACUGCGACGAGACCUACACCCUCCCCCAGAAUGGCACCAUCAAGCUCUACAAGGAGCUCCGGUGCCCACUGGAUGACUUCGAGCUGGUCCUGUGGUCCUCAGGCUCUAGGGGCAAGAGCUACCCACUGUGCCCCUAUUGCGCCAAUCACCCGCCCUUCCGAGACAUGAAGAAAGGCAUGGGCUGCAACGAGUGCACACACCCCACCUGCCAGCACUCGCUUAGCAUGCUGGGCAUCGGCCAGUGCGUGGAAUGCGAGAGCGGCGUGCUGGUGCUGGACCCCACCUCAGGCCCCAAGUGGAAGGUGGCCUGCAACAAGUGCAAUGUGGUGGCGCACUGCUUCGAGAACGCCUACCGCGUGCGGGUGUCCGCCGACACCUGCAGCACCUGUGAGGCUGCCCUGCUGGCUGUGGACUUCAACAAGGCCAAGUCCCCGCUCCCAGGCGACGAGACACAGCACACGGGCUGCGUCUUCUGCGACCCCAUCUUCCAAGAGCUAGUGGAGCUGAAGCACGCGGCCUCCUGCCACCCCAUGCACCGUGGCGGGCCAGGAAGGAGGCAGGGCCGGGGGCGGGCCCGGGGCCGUCGGCCCACAGUGAAGCCCAGUGCCAGGCGGCCAAAGGACAAGAUGUCAGCCCUGGCUGCCUACUUUGUAUGACAGCCCCGCCAUCCCUUGCCAGGCUCACACAGUUGCCCUUGGGGCCACAGGAAUCAUUAAAACGUAUUUUGCCUUCUUCAGAGCAAGCAGCUCAGGACCUUUCCCUGGUAUCAGAGGGUUAUGGCGUCCUCACUGCGCUUCCUGGUCUCCCCGCCCCUCCUCUCCCUUCUGCACACACCACGGUGGUGCCUGUAGGGAGGCCACCAAGUGUGGAAAGGGGGAUCAAGCUCAGUCUGAGGCUCACGUCAUAAUUCAGUAUGUGUAACAGACAGCAAGGUAGCACAAGUAGGUAGCGUCCCUGAUGUCUGCAAGGAAGAAAGGAAGGCACCAACUGCCUGUUAUCCCAGGCAGGUGUCAUAGGAGGGAGGCCUGGUGGAGGAGACAGGGCUGAAAGAAGUCCUCACUGGACCUUGGCCCUCCCUGCAGCCCAUUUUUUGGGGUCACACGGUGGCUCUGAGCAGGUCUGUGUGUGGUGUAUGCGACCCUGGCAGCCUCCCAGGGCCUCUUCCAAUUCCUGUUCUCAAGCCUUUACUGUCUCAAACAGAGGCAGGCCAGUCACUUCCCAGGGUGAACUGCAGGGAGCCCCACUGAAGCCAUCUGCGUGAUUUAAUGUUUAUUUAUUUUUUACAGAAAGACAGAGCAUGAGCGGGGGAGGGGCAGGGAGAGAGGGAGACACAGAAUCCAAAGCAGGCUCCAGGCUCUGAGCUGUCAGCACAGAGCCCAAUGCGGGGGCUCAAACUCACAGACAACAAGAUCAUGACCUGAGCCGAAGUCGGACACUCAACCGACAGCCACCUAGGCGCCCCCAUCUGCGUGAUUUAGAAAAUAAUCCAUAAACCAAACAGCCCUGUGGGCUGCCCUCCGCCUGAUGUCCUUCCUGUGCCCCAUCACCACCACCCCAGUCCCCACAGAGGAGCACUCACAUUAGGCAACCACGUGUUGAAUAUGCCACUCCUGCCCAUGCUCCACCACAUGGGAGCUCGGAAAAAUAGCUUUCCAAGCUGUGUGGUGGAACACCUUCGUGAAGGGCGGGUCAGAACUAUUUUGCACGUUGUCUAUCUGGGUACUAGAUUCACAGUUCACACUAGAAUAUAACAAGGCUCUGAGCAGAGCUUCCGUGAAUACACCUGUGACUUCACCCAGCAUUCCAAGCAAAUGCUGCACCCUCCAGCCUCCCUCUUUGGGGAGAUCCCAAAGAGCCACUCCUCGUGUCCCUGGAACACUGGGAAACCACUCAAGAAGUUCAAAGAGAAUAGGCAGUGACAUGGUGACACAUCAUCAUCCGGAAGGCUGCCCCUGGAGGCAGGCUCCCAGGAAGGUGUAGUACGGCUGCUGGGAUAGUGUCACAGGGAAAGAGGUGCUUCCAGAAUGCUGGUGUUCCUCCUCCCUCCCCUCUUGCUGUGGUCAGAUUCUGGGGCACUCACAAGGCCACAUCUGCUAGUGGAUAGUGUCCCUGGCACAGGGCUCUGACUGCUCUGCCACCUUGUCAAUAGUGAAUGGAUCCAGGGCCUUCUCCAUGGGAAGGUGACCCAACUCCCUUCUGCUCUAGGAGCCCCCCCCCCACACACACACACACACACACAAGCAGCCCAGGUAGAUGGCCAGAGGAACUUAGGGGGACAGAAACUGUACCUUCAGCUUUAAGCCCAAACCACCUGUUCCUUCCUUACUAGAAUUCUGCACUAAGGUUUCAGCCCCAAACAGGGCUAAUCAUAAAAGGUUCAUUCAUUUUUCUCUGCAA